CACAUAUCAUUAAUUGCUGAAAUGAAAGAAUGGAGUCAACGUCCACAAUCAAUUAUAUCUCCUGCUCCAGUUAUUUUUGUUUUCGUUUUUAGCGAAGCAGGCGCUUGCGGACGGACUGAAGCCUGAGUUAUCGAAGCUUCAAUGGCGUAUAAUGUUCGGAUGGACGCGCAGAUGGCGGCCGAAAAGGCUGUAUCGGCGAUCGGAUUUGGCUACGAUCUGACGUCGGAUAUCCGAUUGUCGGCCUGCAAGCCUGGUCCUAGUGGCGCGGCUCUUAUAGAGCUGGAUCGGACUACUAGUCAGGAUUUAGUUGUUCCUGGUAACAUUCUCGUUCCAAAUGUUUCUGCUUCAAUCAAGUGCGAUAAAGGCGAACGCACAAGGUUUAGCUCGGAUGCGCUCUCGUUCGCUCAAAUGUCGGAGCAUUUUAAUCAUGAGCUCUCUUUAUCUGGUAAAAUACCUUCUGGUAUGUUCAAUGCAAUGUUCGGUUUCAAGGGUUGCUGGCAGAAUGAUGCAUCCACUGCAAAAAUUCUUGCUUUGGACGGUUGGUUCAUUACUUUAUAUACAAUUGAGUUGGAAAGAUCUCAAAUAACUCUCUCAAAUAAACUGAAGAAAGAAGUGCCUCCGACAUGGGAUCCUGCUGCACUUGCCGAGUUUAUAGAAAGAUAUGGUACUCAUGUGGUAGUUGGUGUUAAGAUGGGAGGUAAAGAUGUAAUUCAUAUUAAGCAACUUCGUAACUCAAAUCUCCAGCCAACUGAAGUGCAGAAACUAUUGAAGCAAUUAGCUGAUGAAAAAUUUUGUGAAGAUGAAAGUGAGAGUCCUAUUCCUGGCUCUAAUAUUUCUUCUGGAAAGUCGAAGGUUGAACAAUCCAUGGUCUGGGAUCUUCAGCUACCAUUUGCAAGCUCUGUAAGAGCACCCGUUGCUUCUCACUCGAAAAAUGAUGAUCUGUUCAGUGUGCACAUCAGAAGAGGAGGUUUCGAUAAAGGCCAAUGCCAUAAAAAGUGGCUUUCAACGGUAUCACAGUACCCCAAUGUCAUCUCAAUGUCUUUCAUCCCCAUUGCAUCCCUUCUAAGUGGCAUUCGAGGCAGUGGUUUCCUGACCCAUGCAAUUAAUCUCUACUUACGAUAUAAACCACCUCUAGAGGAACUCACACAGUUCCUGGAGUAUCAAUUACCUCGCCAAUGGGCUCCCGCAUACAAUGAUCUGCCUCUUGGCCCUCGCCGGAAGAAGAAAGCGUCUCCAUCUCUUCAGUUCACUUUAUUGGGGCCUAAGCUUUACGUCAAUACCAUAAAGGUUGAUACUGGUAGUCGGCCUGUGACAGGCAUUCGCUUAUAUUUGGAAGGCAAGAGGAGCGAUCACUUGGCUAUCCAUCUGCAGCACCUGUCGAGUCUACCAGAUUCUCUUCAACUCUCACCCGACCACAGCUAUGAGCCACACGACGAGUCUGUAGACCGAGGGUACUUUGAACCUGUCAAGUGGAGCAUAUUCUCGCAUAUAUGCACUGCCCCUGUUGAGUACCAUGGAACACGGAUCGAUGACUCAGCCUCCAUCGUGACAAAGGCCUGGUUUGAGGUCAAGGUCCUUGGCAUGAAAAAGGUCCUUUUCCUUAGACUCGGGUUCUCAAUGGUAGCAUCAGCCAUAAUUCGCCGUUCUGAAUGGGACGGGCCAACAAGUCUGUCUAAGAAAUCCGGGUUAAUCUCGAUACUGAUGAGCACACCCUUCAGCUCAGCUCUGAACCAACCCGAGAAACCCGUAAAGGUGGAUUUAAACUCAGCUGUUUACCCGGGAGGACCUCCAUCGCCUGCACGGGCUCCUAAGAUGUCCCAUUUUGUCGACACGAAGGAAAUGGUGAGAGGCCCUGAAGAUCCGCCGGGGUAUUGGGUGGUCACGGGCGCAAAACUUUGCGUCGAGAAUGGUAUGAUUCGGAUUAAGGUGAAAUACUCAUUGUUAACUAUUGUUUCAGAUGAGUCUUUGUUAAUGUGAAGAAGGUGAGGUUAGCACUGAAUUGAAUGCCAAUGCAUUAUUCAUUUGUUGUAUGUACGUGUCUGUCUAUAUAUAUAUAUAUAUAUAUACUAUUCUUCUUUCA